CGGAGCGCCCAACAGAGAGAGUGUGCGUCCGCGCUCGAGAGCCACGCAUCGCUCUGACGGAUUGUAACUUCACACGUCUUCAUACUUACCUCAGGAUUUUUCUUCGUGGGAGAAGGGACAUUUGAAUAUCACAAGCUGAAAUUAAUCACCCUUCUUUUUUCUCCGCCGGUGGACCGUAAUUUGCUGUGGUUUGUGGGAUAUUUCCGAUAAAAAGAUGCCCGCUGAUAUGAUGGAAAAAUCCUCGUCCUCUCCGGUCGCUGCAACCCCGGCAAGCAUGAACACUACUCCUGAUAAACCCAAGACAGCCUCUGAGCACAGAAAGUCCUCCAAACCAAUUAUGGAAAAGAGGAGAAGAGCCAGAAUCAACGAAAGCUUGGGGCAGCUGAAAACUCUGAUCCUGGAUGCGCUCAAAAAAGAUAGCUCCAGACAUUCUAAACUGGAGAAGGCAGACAUCCUGGAGAUGACGGUGAAGCAUCUCCGGAACCUCCAGAGGGCUCAGAUGACCGCUGCCCUGAACACCGAUCCAACUGUCUUGGGAAAGUAUCGUGCGGGUUUCAGCGAGUGCAUGAAUGAAGUCACCAGGUUCCUUUCCACCUGUGAAGGUGUCAAUACCGAGGUCAGGACGCGGCUGCUUGGGCACCUGGCCAACUGCAUGACCCAGAUUAACGCCAUGAACUAUCCCAACCAGCAUCAGCACCAACACCAGCUGCCCCCUGCCGCUGGACCAACACACUCCUCAUUUGGCCAGUCUAUGGUGCAAAUCCCCAGCUCAUCCCCGCAGGUUUUGCCCAUGAACGCGGUCUCCUGUAAAGGAGGCUCUUCGCCAGCAAGUUUACCUUCAGACGCCACCAAAGUGUACGGCGGCUUCCAGAUCGUGCCUGCCACAGACGGACAGUUUGCAUUCCUCAUACCCAAUGCAGCAUUUGCGCCGAACGGCCCCGUUAUCCCCGUGUACGCCAACAACGUCAGCACGCCGGUCCCUGUGCCAGCUGCGGUUUCCCCCGGAGCCCCUUCAGGCAACACAGACUCAGUGUGGCGACCUUGGUGAAAAGUGGGGAAUGACCACAGAGACUAUAACAUGAUACUUAAUAGUUCUUUCUUUGUUCAAUGUUAGAAAAGUUGUUUUCAAUAUGGUUUUUUCUUGUAAAAUGGAAAGAGUAUGCACUAUAUUUGUACAGCUAACAAGGGAGUAAAGUUCAUAUUGAAAUGAGAUUUGUAUUGUGGAAGUCUGUUCACUGCAUUUUUAUAUAUUUGAGUUGUCUUUUUUACUGUGUGAUGCCAAAGAUAUGUUCAUUGUUCUUAUGCUGUUCUUCAUUUUGGAAGACAAAUAAAUUUGUAAAGAUAUGAAAA